CCAGGCGGGGACACAGAGGGUGGGGGCGGGCUCUGUCCCUGACUGUGCUGUUUUCGUCGGACACACGGAGAAUUAGCAGCAAGAACAUACCGUCUCCCGGUCAACGGGAGGCAGGAUCCAGAAAUCACCGGGUGGUUUUUGACACGGCAGCAGUUUCAUCCCGAGCCGCUACCCCAACAUCGGAAGGGCAUCCUGAACCUCUCCAUGGAUCGGUUACCCCCUUAAGGAUCGCUGCUCCCCUUGACCGGUGGAGGCUGCAAGGCAGAUUCUGACCGGAGAUACAAAGUUGCAGGGUUUAAUGUAGCAAUAGCCCCCGCGAUACAAUGUAGCGACUGUGUGUGUGAGGUGUUGCUUUGAAUUUCUGGUGGUCUAGCAGCCGUGGAAUCGGGUGGGAGGGAGUUGCUUCGCCUGUUACAGUGUCACCAGGGAAGGAUACGGUUUACCCAGCCAGCGAUUGCCAAGUUGGAGGCGGACUCUGCGGUUCUGCUCUUUAUGUCUGAGCCCGGCGGCCACUCUUUCUCUGCCCGUCAUGUCUGUGCUGUUGAGCCUCCUCGGCAGCUUCUCUGGGCCGGCUCUGCUGCAGCACGCCGGCUGGUUCGCCCUGCUGCUCCUGUUCGCAGCUUCCAUCGUGACCGUCCUGACUUGGCUGGUGCAGUAUUCCGUCGGGAUUUGGAGACGAGGCGCCGUGAGGCAGCGUCCUCCCGCCAGCCUGGGCAUCUGGAGCUCCCUAUUAAAACUCGGCUGCUCCCGGGAAGACAGCGUCUCAGGCUCGGGGCUCAAGCGUCUCAUCACUUCCCUGUUCUCCUUCAAGUCCUUCAGGGACAAUUGGCAGAGAACCUGGAUCAAAGCGCUGAACGACCAGGCUUGUCGCAUUGGGAGCUCUCUGCAGAUCAGUUUUGAGGAGGGACCCCAGCUACCCUCAACAGCAUGUAUCAGUCAAGUGACAUGUACGGAUCAAUCUGAACAGAGCAUGGUUCUUUGCUGUGAGUUGACAGUGGAUGAAAUUCAGUUCCCUGUCUCUGUUACCCAACAGUCUCCAGCUGCCGUUUCCAUGGAAUCCUACCAGGUGACCUUGGCUCCACUUAAAGCCCAGAUGGAGAUUUGUUUGGAAGAAGCAGAGGUUGAGGGUCUGCUGGUCACUUGGUCAUUCAAGAAACCUCCUGCUCUAUCCCUCAGUGUCAACUCCAAACGACAGAAAGGGGGGAAUGAGGGGAAAGCAGAUAUUUCCACCAUUCAAGAACUGAUUGAGGAUACAAUCAUCAGCACUAGUCCAGCCAUGCUGGUCAAUCUCAAGGCGCACAUAGCAAGCACAACAGUACUUGCCGAGAAGUUUAGGAAGGGAUUGGCAUCUCCGUCUAAAGCAGCAUUAAAUGCUGGAUGCAGGCUGCUGGUCAGGGAGCUGAAGGCAAACGUGAGCAGAGCAGAAGGAGUUGGAAGUGGAGAGCUGUGUUGUGUAUUAGAACUUGAUAGUCCCGUACAGCUCAAGAGAACAACGUCAGUGAUGCCCAAGUCUCUAAGUACAAAUUCAGAACUGAAAUGGAAUGACGAGCUGAUUUUUGAGCUGGGGGCAAGAAGCAAAGAGAUGAAAGUGAAAAUCAUGGAAAAGUUGGAGCACAGUGAGAACGUGCUUUUAGGACAGAGCGUGAUCCCACUGGAUUUAUCUCGGAGAUCCCCUUCUCGAUGUCAUAGUUUUCCGUUAACAGCCACGCCGGAGAUGUCAAAUACUCCUACUGGAUCAGUGUCACUGGAGUUGAAUUAUUUAGAACCGACAGAUUCUAAGACAACCCAGUCGCUGGUCCCUGCAAGAACAGUCACCCCUACCAAAAAAAUUGAAAUGGACCGAACCGUAAUGCCUGAUGGCACCAUAGUGACAACAGUAACGACCAUCCAAUCCCGGCCCAAGAUGGAUGGAAAGAUAGAUUCUCCAACACGAUCACCUUCCAAGGUGGAAGUAACAGAGAAGAAGUCUAUCAAGAUGGAAGAUAGUUCUGUCAACGUGUCUCCCAGUAAUGCAGCAGGUAAUCAUCUUGCCAAUGGUUUGGACCCCGUGGUACAGACAGCAAUCCGGCAGCUGACCGAAUCCGCCAACAAGCCCAGCAAAAAGACACCAACGAAACGCAGCACCCUGAUUAUAUCAGGUAUCUCCAAGGCCCCCGUUGAUCAGGAAGAAAUGGCUCUUUCUGUGGGCUACGCAGCUUCCAUGGAUGCUUCACUGCAGGGGGAGCCAGGCUUGGCAGCUCUGCCCCACUGCAGUGCUCAGGAUGCGCUCGAAUCUCCAAAAUCCACCGACUCCCAGAACCAGCGGCAGGUGGUCAGCCAGGACCUGGAUGAAGCAGCUGUGUCGGAUAUUUCUGAGCGGCCAUCAGUGGAUGAUGUUGAAUCAGAGACCGGGUCAACGGGUGCACUUGAAACAAGGAGUUUGAAGGAUCACAAAGUUGGCUUUCUGCGCAGCAGCACCAAGCUCUUGUUCCGGAGGAGAAGCAAGCAGAAGGAGCCAGGUUUCAGUCACUCGCACGAUGACCUCUCCAACGUGAGCGACAGCCCCGCCUCCACACGGAAAAAAUCCGGCAGCUUCUCGCGGAAGCUCAUCAAGCGUUUCUCGUUCAAGUCCAAGUCCAAAUCCAAGGCCAGUGCCAAUGGCGGCACUGCAGCGAGUGGAAACUGACUGCAUUGAGCUUUGAAGGAGAGGCUUGUGUCAUAAAAUGCCUGGGAGCUGGACUACCUCAGGUAGACAAACAGGCAACAAGGCACUUGGGCCGAGUGGGGAUUUUUGCAGUAAUUUGUAUCCUGUUUCCUUUUCAGUGACAUUUCCCAUGAAAUGACAGGUGUACUGCUGUCUUUCAUCGACCAUUGCUUGUAAAAGCCACCGUGCAGUGACAUUCCCCCUUGGUUACAUCACACAGCAUCCGAAGCAUGGAGGAUACCCAAAGCUUUGACAACCUGGAGCUGAGGGAGACUCUAAGUCAGGAACUGAGACAGAGGGUGUUUGUCUGUUGACACUAGCUUUGAAUGCAAAUUACCUCCUACACCCUCUUCACCUUUCCCCAACUUUAUUUAUUGAAAAUCUAUAAUGGCAACCGGUUUUGGCAGCAAAAUGUUUUAGAAGAAAUAGAUUCUAUGAUUCUAUGAAA